AGAUUUGGUUAGCCGUUAGCAUUGUCGUUAUCUCAGGCAGAAUCCCCGAUAGUUCCAUAAUAUACAGUAUACUGUAUGAAGUGCACUAGGUGGCAUGUGGGAGGCGUUAUAUACUGCCCUGCGUAGUGUAUUUGUCUACGGAACAAGGAGGGAAUUGUAUUUCAGCCUCCGUUUUUCAUGGACCGUAUAAGCUGUCUCGACUUGCCCGUACAUGUCCACCGGAAAUGAAUAUUCAUGAGGGCAGAGCGCGAGAUCUGGACACUACAGCAGCGUCGCUAAUGGAGAGUUGAUGAAACCGAGUCCAGUGUGUGUGAGAGUGAGGACUUCACCGACAGUGAACAUUAAAAUGUGUGUAUGGUAUAAUGUUUGAGUUCUUCUGCGAUGGAGGAAAGUUUGUGGUGCGAGAAAACCUCCUCCAGCGUCAUAUCUACUUUACCGGUGUGGAUAAUUGAAUAUGCCUGGACUAACCGGAUGACGGAGGUGUUACAGGUUUUAGGCCCUCCACUGUGGCUGGAAGGUGACCGGAGCAGCCUGACUCUUAAGGAUCCAUGCAGCAUACGUGUGACGGCGGCCGAGUCCUGGAUAGUCAUCCGGGCCAGAGACAUCAAACACUUUGAGCACGUCAUGGAGUUCCUGGAUGUUACUCACACUUUACUACCUCAGCUAGUGACCCCCAUCAAGCACAUGAAGAUAAUGUUUGGCCUGAAAACUUUGGUUAUUAUGUGGAUGUUGUGGGAUGACCAGAGCGCAGAAAGCAUCACAGACAAGAUUGUAAAGUUCUUUCCUGACAGCCUCCCACAGUAUCAUAGAAGUAGUCACAGGCAUAUGAAGCUGAUGCAGAAGACCCAGCGGGACUUUAGGAAUUUUGUUCAGUUACUGGCAAGAAAACCAGAAAUGCGCAAAAACUAUAUUAGAAAUCUGAUGGAAGAGCAGUAUGGAGAACGCUACAUCAUGAAGUUGGAAGAGAGGUUGUUACAUUAUUUAGAAGAGCUGAACAAAGCCCUUCCACAACCCACCUAUAUUGACCAGGUUCUAAAACAAUCAGGGCAGUUGAAGGGAAGAGAGGAGUUACUGCAGCAAUUAUUUACCUGUAAUAGUGCGUGUACAGCCGCAGCUCUAAAGAAACUGCUGAGAUGUGGUAAGUCUCACCCAAGUACGUCUCAGUGUAAAUUUUUGACCUUGCAUUCAAAACACUGCAUUAGAUAUUCUUCCUUUCCUCCAGCUAUAGCAAGCCAUAUAGAUCAUAAAAGUACAGAGAUGUGUAAGCAACAAAAAGGAGCUCCGGUUGAUGGACCAGUGUUUGGGCCUCUUUGUGUAGCUCUUACUCCAUCUCUGGAAGAGGCAGAAGAAGAUUGGCUGUCCCAGGCAUCCGGUCAGAGUUCCUGGCUGAAUAGAGAUAAGAGUUUGGAAAAACAGAGGACAAGGUUGAAGAAGAAGCACGUUUUAGAUCAGACUGACAACCAUCCAUGUGUGCUUGAAGAACAGUGUCCUCAGAUGACUGAGACCGGAUUUGUUGCUGCAGAGAAGAAAACUGGAGAUGAAUUAACAGCGCAUCUGUGCUCCAGACAUGGCAAGAGAAUGGCGAGUAUCCUCCAAGAAUGCUCUGAGGAGCUGAGGAGUCAGGACGGCAAAACUUCACUGAUGCAGGUGGAAUGCACUCCUCUGUCACCUCACCCUCCACUUCUCCACUCCUCGCCUCACAGACCAACCUCAGGAUCUCCUCUCCAUGACUCUUCGUCUACAAAUAUUUCUCUUUCUUCACAGCCAGAGACUUUCUCCUAUCUUUCAGCAGAUGAAGAGCGACAUGUCGUUCCUUCACAACCGAUGGCUUCUUUGCCGAUAUCUCCAGGACAAGAAAAUAAUUCUGGUCACUUCUUGGGCCAGAAAAGCAACAUCGCAUUGUCAAUACAAGUAUCACCUUCUCCAGGAUGUUCAGCACAGCUAGUCACUCCUUCACCAUCAUGUUCAGUUCAGCCAUCCUUAUCUCAAACAUCUCCAUCUUCAACCAAUUUUUCACCAUUUCCAGAAAACAAUCUCACACAGAGAUCAUCCUUGACUGGGCAGGAAUGCUCACUGAUGCUGUCCUUUAAGGAAAUGUGUCCAGAAUCUUCAUACCAUCAUCUUGGUUCAUCAUCAUCAUCAUCCUUCGCAACCCCAGCGGUGAUUCAAGCUCCAAGCCAAAAUGAUGCACAGGUCUCUUUGGAUUCGUAUGUAAUUUUAGAGUCAAGCAGUGCCUUAGCAGGCAAACUGAGGCUGUCUUCAGAGACUCAGGCUUUCCUCUUGGCCUGUAAGUGGCUGCAGCCUCAAGUGAAGCUCUACAGACUGAGCCGUCAUGAGUGCCACCAAGCCACACUGCCAAAUCGUGCUCCAGAGCAGUCAUCUGAAGAGGAAGACGUAGAUGAAGAUGUGCUGUUUGAUGUCAAUUCACUGUAUUCGGACUCUGAAUCAGACACCCAAGACUCUGAUGAUUCUGAUUACGUUCCAUCAAAGAAAUGCAGGUACAGGUGAAAUGCAAAACAAGUGAAUGUUACUGAUCCUGUGCAAUUAUGUAAUCUACCUGAUAUCAGGUGGAUUUUGAUCAUUAACCAGACUUUUAUGGUGCUUUGUUUUUAUAAUGCUGCUCCUCAAACUGCAGAUUUGGGUCACAAGUUACAUUUGAUUUUAUUUUUAGCUGUAAAGAUCUAUUGUAUAUAUUGUAUACAAGCAAUUGUGUACAAUUUAAUAUGAAGACAACUUGAUGUGUGUUUUUCAAAUGCCUCAGCUCACAGAAAUAUUUAUUUAUUUAAUUCUUAGACCAUUUUAACAUUUUAUUGUGUGUUUUGACUGCAAGAUAAACGGUGAAACACAUUUGUAAGUCUUUGUGAAUUCUACUUUUCACUUUCCACUUGCCCAGUCACAUCUCCAGUGUGUGUCUGCCCUGAAGGCAGCCUGACAUAACUUUGAAACAGCUGCACGUAGCCCGUGAGUGAUCACAUUUACUGCUGAUUCAUGAACGUUUGUACUUGUCUGUGGAGUCUAAGGGUUAUCACUUGUAUUAAACAAAGUUUGUUGACACACUGUUCUUGACAGGUAGUUACCAUUAUGCAGUGGUGAGUACCUUGAGUCACAGGAAAGUUUUGUAUAUCCUUGCAAAAUGAAGAAAACAAAGACAUUUAAAAAAAAUUUUAAAUUAUUUAUAACGACAAGACAUUUAUUGUGUUUGGUUUCACCAAGGUUCUUUUAUCACAAAUGAGAAAUGAUGAUAUUUGAUAUAAAAAGUCUACACACCCCUGUUAAAACAAAAAGUUUUAUAGAUAAUAGAUAGUUUUAUUUGUGAUAAAUAUCAAUCAUUUGUCCAAUCUUUUUCCACCUUUAAUGUGAUAUAGCAACCAACAAAAUUCAAGUGAAAAACGAGGUGGAAAAAAAAGAAAGAAUUUAUAAUAAUAACCUGUUUGUGUAAGUGUGUUAGCAACUCUUAACUAAUACUUUGUUAAAGCACCUACAGCUCCUUUAAUGUUGCUGUAGGUCUCCCUGGUAAGUUUUUGUCUUGUCCUUUCAUCACUUUUGACAGGGUGAUCUGUUCUUGAUAAUGUCGCUGUGAUGUCCCAUUUUCUCCACUUUUUGCUGAUGGUCUUCAGUGUUCCAUGGUGCCUUUUUAAUGUUUUGGAAAUUCUUUUGUACUCCUUUCCUGUUCAGGCCAGAAAAUCAGGCCUAGACACUGAAAGGGUAAAUUUCUCACUCGUCAAACCUUUUCUGUUGAUUUUUCUUUCUGCCUUGGAUUGAUUGCCUUGUUUUAGUCUAAACCUACAUGUCAUUUUAGCGCUGUGUAAUUCUUUUCUUUUAUUUUAUUUUAUACAUUAAUAAUAAAUACCGGGACAAUU